AGCUCCACUGCUCCACUGAUCCCAGCUCGACCAGAGACCACGCUACUGCCAAGCUGCUGAUCCUCAGCGAGCCUGCAAUGGACACGCCCUCGCCGCCGCCGCCGCCGUCCGCGGAGCACGAGGAGUACAGGACGGUGUGGUCGGCGCCGCCCAAGAAGCCGGCGGGGCGGACCAAGUUCCGGGAGACGCGGCACCCGGUGUUCCGCGGCGUGCGGCGCCGCGGCCAGGCGGGGCGGUGGGUCUGCGAGCUGCGCGUCCCGGGCCGGCGCGGCUCCAGGCUCUGGCUCGGCACCUUCGCCACGCCCGAGCUGGCGGCACGCGCGCACGACGCCGCCGCCAUCGCGCUCUCCGGCCGCGCCGCCUGCCUCAACUUCGCCGACUCCGCGUGGCUGCUCCCGCCGCUGAUGCCCGCGGCGCUGGCCAGCGCGCGGGAGGUCAGGGACGCGGUCGCUGAGGCCGUCGAGGCGUUCCGGCAGCGGCGGGGCUCGGCAUCGGCGUCGGCAUCGGCGCCGUCGUCGCCAGCGGUGGAAGCGGCCGACGAGGACGAGGAUGGCAGCGGCUCGCCUGGCGCGGCGCCGUCGCCCGACGUCUUGUUCGAGCUCGACGACGUGUUCGGGUUGGGCGGCAUGGUUGAUGCUGGAUCGUACUACGCGAGCUUGGCGCAGGGGCUGCUCCUGGACGCGCCGGCCGCAGCUGGAGCGGGAACGUGGUGGGAGGACGUCGAGCAUGGCACCGCUGACAUUGCACUGUGGAGCUACUAGCGUAAUGCUACCUCCAAUAAAAAAAGGGAUGACCGUCACACAAGGAGAAUUAGCACACAGAAAGCACUGUCCUGCUUGUCUGAAACGUCAAGAGUAGCAGCUUGCUUCUGACAAAUUUCGGAUGGUUCACAGUGUUGGAUUUGUUAGUUUGAUCUCGGUCAACCCUUAACCAACGCAAUCAGAUGGGAUAUCUAUUCCCCAAAUCUCGGACUCGGGAAAUAAAUCUCGAGUCCGGUUUUGCCGUGAUCGGGAGGCAAAACUCUAAGCCCAUUGGGCUCGGCCCCGGGCCUACAGUGUGACUAUAAAUAGAGGGUCAACCCUAUAGGGUUUUAUCCAUCCCAAAAACUCUCGUGAUUCACACGCAAUCCACCCUAACCGAUCGCUAAGCACGCUGGAAGGCUCGGAAGCACGAGCACCACGUCCGGGGCAGUGCCGCUGGCGCCCUGAAGGACGCUGCUUCCCCGAGAAAUCCCUCAAGGAACAACUACGCUACGUCCCUGACUCCGCUCUCGUCGUCGACCACAUCAACACUGCACCGACGACCAUGGACGCCACGACCGCCGGUACAGGACUGAAUACUCAUGUUAAUCCGCAUUAGUGAAGUCAAUGUGAUCUACUGUAUAGACUAGAUGAGAUCCUGUUAAGUUCUAAGUUAAUGUUUAACUAACAUUUGGUAUCAGAGCCUA